AUGAAUCAUACGCACCCGGUGGCGGCCGCCACUCUCUGCGCUCUGUGCUCCCGCCCUGAUACCUCGCUAACCUGUCCUCGCUGCGCAACCGCACAAACCCUCUCCGCCCGCCUGCGCGUCCUGACCGCGCUCUCAUCGCGCGCUGCUGUCGUAGCAGAUCUGGACGAGUCCGGUGCUCUUCCUCGCUCGAAUGACGCUCGCGGCUUCGAUCCGUCGCUCGCGGCCCGCAUCGAUCUCAGCCUCGAUCGACUGCGCGACAACAUCACUGCCGUGCGCGAAGCGACCGCGCGCGAGGCCGCAAAGGCAGCUGAUCUGAGUGCGUCUAACCGCCUACGGAGUUCUGCGCAGACGCGAUCAUCCACCGCGCUCAGAAACGCGCACGCGUUACAGAUCGACUCGGCUCUGCGCUCACGAGACCGCGCGCGCGCAAAGGCAAAAGCAAUGGCGGAAACGCUGUGCGAGCUGAGAGUGCAGAAGAUUGCCGAGCUGAGAUCGCUGAUGCCGAUCAGCUACGUGGACAACACGCUCACGAUCAUGCACGUCGAGAUCCCGAAUCUGGCAGCGCUGCCGGGACUGCAGCCCGACGUGCUCAUCAGAGCGAUCGAUAGAGUGUGCUUGCUGGUUACGCUCAUGGCAAAGUAUCUCGACAUCUUACUGCCUUACGAAAUUAUCCUACGACCGCAUGUAGGUAUCCGGCGGCGCCCGACUGUCGAAUCAUCAUCAUCAUCAUCAUCGUCGUCGUCAUCGGGGCAGUAUCGGAAGCUUGCGAUAUCGGGAGAGGUGUCGGCGCUUGCUCUGCGGGAACGGAGCAGGAGAGAGCUGGAUACGUUUAUGGAGGCUGUUGCGCUGCUGGUUUGCGAUAUCGUUUACCUGACCACCAGCGUAGUGCCUGUCGAGAGGGAAGAAUUGGCGGCGGGAGGACUGAAGCGCAGCAGCAAUAGCAGUCGAGAGGAACUUGCGCAGGUGUGCAGGUACCUAGACAUUGGAGCGCUGCUGUGGCAGGCUCUGCAGCAGUACACUAUUCCUGAUCUUGAUUCGUUUGAGCAGCCGGUGCCAGAUUCGGCGACGGCGACGCAGCAGCCGAGCAGGAAGAGUAAAUUUGUCGACGAGCGGGAGCGAUGCAAGGCCACGCGGGCGAUUGUGGAUCCUGCGAUUGUCCUGGUUGCGCUGAAGGAAAAGAACCGGAUUAAUGCGGAGUUUCGGGCGUGGGCCGAGUGGCAGAUUGUCGAGGCCGGCGGGGACGGAGAUCCGGCGGAGGACGUGCUGCUGGUCGAUGCAGCGGACUAUGGGAUGGAGGAGAAGACGGGUGCUGCGACGAGUCCGGAGAAGACCGACAAGAACGACGAGAAAUGGACGGACGUGCGACGACGGCCGCGACGACGGGGUGCUGCCGAAUAA